AUUUAAUGAAUAUGCUUCCCAAACUCUUUCAUUGGUAUACACAUUUAAUGAAUAUGCUUAUAUAAAAAUAAUAGGGUCUUAAAUGUAUUAUCAACAUAACCAGGGGGAGUAAUCUGAAGUUUCCGAUAUUCGGUAAACACGCAGGAGUGGUCUUCAUCUGGAGCGAAGUUCGCGGUUUAUACUCGCUUCAAAACAUCCACAGCUCCGCCUUUCACUGCCAUCGUUAACAGCCGCUGAAUUCUCCUCCUAUAUGUACCUAAGCAUUAGCCCUACGUUGUAAAACACCAUCUCUGCCAUUACUACUACGUUUCUCUUCUUACAUUCUUUCAGUUCCUGAAUCAGCUGUAAGCAUGGCCAAGAUUAAGAUUGGAAUCAACGGAUUCGGAAGAAUCGGCCGUUUGGUGGCCAGAGUUGCUCUACAGAGCGAUGAUGUUGAACUCGUCGCCGUUAAUGAUCCUUUCAUCACUACCGAUUACAUGAUUUACAUGUUCAAAUACGACAGUGUUCAUGGCCCAUGGAAAAAGCACGAGGUCAAAGUCAAAGAUUCCAAGACUCUUCUCAUUGGCGAAAAGCCUAUCACCGUUUUUGGCAUGAAAAACCCAGAAGAGAUCCCAUGGGGUGAAGCUGGAGCUGAAUAUGUCGUUGAAUCCACUGGUGUUUUCACUGAUAAGGACAAAGCUGCUGCUCAUUUGAAGGGAGGUGCAAAGAAGGUUGUGAUUUCUGCUCCAAGUGCAAAUGCUCCCAUGUUUGUCAUGGGUGUCAAUGAGAAAGAAUACAAGUCUGACAUCACCAUUGUUUCUAAUGCUAGCUGCACAACUAACUGUCUUGCUCCACUUGCAAAGGUUAUUAAUGACAAAUUUGGUAUUGUUGAAGGCCUUAUGACCACUGUUCACUCCAUCACAGCAACCCAGAAGACUGUUGAUGGUCCAUCAAUGAAAGAUUGGAGAGGUGGAAGAGCUGCUUCUUUCAACAUCAUUCCCAGCAGCACUGGAGCUGCCAAGGCUGUGGGAAAAGUUCUUCCCGCGCUCAAUGGAAAACUUACGGGCAUGGCUUUCCGUGUUCCUACUGUCGAUGUGUCAGUGGUUGAUCUUACUGCCAGGCUAGAAAAGCCUGCCUCCUAUGACGAAAUCAAGGCUGCUAUUAAGGCCGAAGCUGAAGGAAGCUUGAAGGGAAUCUUGGGUUACACUGAGGAUGAUGUUGUGUCGACAGACUUCGUGGGCGACCAAAGGUCGAGCAUAUUUGAUGCGAAGGCUGGAAUUGCACUGAACAACAACUUUGUUAAGGUUGUGUCUUGGUAUGAUAAUGAAUGGGGAUAUAGCAACCGAGUUGUUGAUUUGAUCCGUCAUAUGUCCAAGUCUUAGAUGGGUCGGGUUGCAGUUGGAGAUUGGAAAUGCAUAUGCGAGGGAUUGAUUUGGCUCCAUUGUUGUGGAGUUUUUAGGGAAUAAUUUGAGUUUUCAUGUCAUGUAACGAUGAACUCUCUUCUUUUGAGUUCUUUUUCACAAUUUUGAGUAAAAAUCAGGGGUUUUGUUUUGGUGUCUCUAUUAUAAACAAUAUUCAAAAAGUUAUACCCUUUUUGUUAAGAAAAAAUAAUUAAAUCUUUC